AUGUCAUCCUCGCCGCAGAGAAUCCGGCUGCACCCAUGGUACACCGUCAGUGUGGUCGCAUGGACAGCGUUUUGUCUUCCAGGCAUGUUUGGUGCCUUGAAUGCUGCCGGCGAAGAAAGUGCGACCUUGUCCAAUGUUGCCAAUGCCGUGGUCUUUGGCGUAAUGACUGUCGGAGGCUUCGUCUCGGGCAUCAUUUGUAAUCGAAUUGGCGUUCGCUGGACUCUGCUCCUUGGUACUCUUGGAUAUGCACCGUAUGCAGCUUUGCUCGCCACAACAGCAUCUCUGUACACGAACGCCGCGUUUGGGAACACUUGGUUUCCUGUGUUAGGCGCUGUGACGUGCGGUCUGAGUGCUGUUCUCCUGUGGACAGCAUCUGGUGCGAUAAAUCUAGUGGUUCCAGAAGUUCAUCAUCGCGGACGCGCCGUAGCCACGAAAUUCACCAUGCAGAACUUCGGAUCCUCGAUUGGAGGCAUGAUCUCUCUGGGGUUGAAUGUGCAUCAGGAUCACCGUGGCAGAGUCUCUAAUGCAACCUAUUUCACGUUCACCUCGGUCAUGUGUUUGGCACUACCCCUGGCAGCUACUAUUCCUCUGCCAUCACAGGUCAGACGCAGUGACGGAUCGAAAGUGUUCGAACACAAAUUCAAUUCAUACAAGGACGAACUUAUCAACUUGAAGAAGGUGUUGUCCCUGAAGGCUUUCUUCUUGUUGGCUCCAUUCCUCUUAUACUUUCAAUGGGAUCUCUCCUACAUGUGGACUUGGAAUGCCACCUAUCACACUGUUCGAGCCCGCGCUCUUCUUAGUACCUUGUUCUACUUGAUCGGGCCUUCCAUUAUCGGCCAAGUUCAAGGAUGGCUCCUGGACAAGAAAGAAUGGAGCCGGCCAAAGCGUGCGCGCUGGGGUGUGACGUUGUUCAGCAUAGUUGCUCUGCUCACUUGGAUAUAUGGUAUCAUCGUGCAAUACCAAUACGACAAAGAACAAACCGUUAUUGACAUCACUGAUCCCGUCUUCGUCAAAUCAUGCCUUUUGUUCAUCUUAUAUGGACUCAUUGAAAACUCGGGCUCGGUUGUAGUAUACUGGAUCAUAGGCUCUCUAGGUCUCGAGCCAGGACAAGUCUCAUCAUUUGUCGGAUUGGCGAACGGAGUGGGCGGGUUAGGAUCAACACUCGCCUUCGUCUUGGGCGCAGUCAACGUCUCUUUGAACUGGCAACUCUGGGCCAACGUAAUCACUUUUCUGGCCAGUCUUCCGGGGCUGCUUUACAUCGGCUGGUUCGGGAUUGUGGACGAUAGUGAGAUUCGCCGAGCCACGACGACAGGAUUUGAAAGCGAAUCGGCGUCAUCUUCUGAAAAUGAGUAUGAGCAGGAGCAGCAUAUCUAUACUACAAAGCAUGAUGAGUCUGAGAGUACCGUUUAG